AUGAAGUUCUCUGCCCUCCUCGCUCUCGCCCCUCUGGUGGCUGCCAUCCCCGGCUCCAAGCAGGCCAGCUCCGAUGCUUCCUUCAGCGUCAUCUCUGCUCGCUCCGCUUCCCCCGUCCACCUGCUGCCCCUCAACGCUGCCGGCAGCUACUUCUGGCUCGGCGGUAACGCCCAGACCUACUCCCCCGUCGAGGGCGUCCCCGAGUCCAACCAGACCGUGAUCCACGGCGGUCACUACCUCGACGUUGUCGUCCCCGGUGGCCAGGCCAUCUACGUCGACCCCAAGGGUGCUCUCCGCUUCACCACCCCCCACUCCGCCUACGAGCCUGCCGGCUCCUCUGACGGCCCCUUCGCCUACACUCCCGGCUCCUCUUUCGGCCACUGGAGCUACACCGGCCAGGGUGCCUCUGGCUUCAUGGCCUGCCCUAGCUCCAACAGCACCACUGCCGUCCGCCGUGGUCGUCGCGCUGCUGCCGCCCCCAAGUACCAGGUGUUCGCUGCUCUCCAGAACGCCACUGUGCCCUCUGGUAACGUUGCCGACUGCAUUGGCUUCGAUGCCCUUGCUGUUGCUGCUAACGGUACCACCCCCACUUGGGAGUACAUCUAA